AUGUGGUACUCUGUAGGAGGGGCUUCAGUGUUGGAUGAUAAGUUAGAGUGUCUUUGUGAUGACAAAGCUGCCAUGCAUAUGGUUAAUUUAGCUAGGCUGAAUGGUGAGGUGCAUAUGUUUGUCAUACAUCCUAUUUCUGAACCUGAAGUCAUUCAUAUGNUGGAAUAUGUUACAAGUGAUGAGAGGGGUGAUCUUGAUUGUGAACAGCAAGAGAUGGUUGAAGGUGAUGUGGGUGAUGUUGAUUGUGAACAUCAAGAAAUGGGUGAAGAAGUGCAAGUUGAUGCUGUUGUUGAGGAAGAGGUUGAUGGAGUUGAAGUGGAAGUUGAUGCUGUUGUGGAGGAAGAGGUUGAUGGAGUUGAAGAAGUGGAAGUUGAUGCUGUUGUGGAGGAAGAGGUUGAUGGAGUUGAAGAAGUGGAAGUUGAUGUUGUUGUGGAGGAAGAGGUUGAUGGAGUUGAAGAAGUGAAAGUUGAUGCUGUUGUGGAGGAAGAGGUGGUUGGAGUUGAAGAAGUUGAGGAAGUUGAAGUUCGAAGCUGGAAUUCCUCUUUUGAGAAUGGUAAUGGUGAUGGAAAUUCGGAGGACCUUGUGGAUGUGAAUGUUGGUUGUGAUAUAGAAAGGUCAAGCAUAACAUCAUUUACUGGAAGCAUUUGUCCAAAGAUCUUAUCCAGAUUUAGAAAGGAAUCUGAGUUAACCAAAAAUUGGAUUCCUAGCUGGUCAGGCAANAAGCUUUUUGAAGUUCGUCACAUGUAUAACAAUGNAGAUAAGUAUGUAGUCAAUAUAGAUGAGUCCUCAUGCACAUNUAGAAUUUGGGAGCUGACUGGAAUCCCCUGCUGUCAUUCAUUGGCUGCAAUGAAAUUCCUCAACAUUGAUGGAGUAACAUUUAUAGACUCUUACUACUUCAAGUCCAAAUACGAGGAGACCUAUUCAACAAUUAUAUAUCCCAUCAAUNGAGCCAAAAUGUGGAACCUUACUCCAUAUCCUGAUGUGUAUCCUCCACACAAAAGAGUAUUGCCUGGAAGACCAAAGAGAAAGCGAAAACUAGAGCAAUGGGAAAUGAGGAAGGAUGAAUCAAGAAUGACAAAAUCUGGAUUGCGGAAAAGAUGUCGCAUAUGUAGACAACAUGGGCAUAAUAGAACUCGUUGCCUAUCAGCAACCCAACCAGGAACUGUGCCUAGUACAUCAGCAACCCAACCAGGAACUGUGCCUAGUACAUCAGCAACCCAAGCAACUACGUCCACUCAACAAUCUGAGAUAGCACAUGAGUCUCAACCUCAAACGUAG